AUGGAUGCUGUCCUCUCCAGUCUCUUCUCCUCGGAGGAGGAGGAAGUGUACAUUUUGGACCGUAUGGCUUACUUUAUGGUUUUCAUGGCAGCCUGCACUUUGGUUACGUUGCUCUUCGAAAAUGUCCCGUACGGACGAUAUGCUAGCAGCAAAUAUGGAUUUCCAGUUAAUGUCAGGUUUGCCUGGUUCGUUCAGGAGAUGCCCGCUUUCCUUGUGCCUCUGUGUCUGGUAGUUUGGACCUCCUCUGCGAAAACCUCACUGUUGCCCAAUCAGCUGCUCAUUGCCAUGUAUUUCUGCCACUAUAUCCAGAGAUCCCUUAUUUAUCCAUUUUUAAUCCGAGGUGGUAAAUCGACACCAUUUGCCUCAUUCGCCCUGGCCUUUGUUUUCUGCCUGUACAAUGGCUACAUGCAGAUCAGAUACUUGAGCCAUUACGCUGAGUACCCUGCAUAUUGGGUUACACAUCCAUGCUUCAUCGCUGGGUCUGUACUGUGGUUUUUCGGCUGGCUGGUGAAUGUGCAUUCUGACCACAUCCUGAGGAACCUGAGAAAGCCCGGAGAGACUGGUUACAAGAUUCCCACAGGUGGAAUGUUUGAAUAUGUGUCUGGAGCCAACUUCUUGGGAGAGAUAACAGAGUGGGCAGGGUUUGCUCUGGCUGGCUAUUCUGUUCACAGCUCAGCCUUUGCCAUCUUUACCACAGUGGUCCUCACCAGCAGGGCUGUGGCCCACCACAAAUGGUACCAUGCUAAGUUUGAAGACUACCCGAAAAGCAGGAAGGCCUUGAUUCCAUUCUUAUUCUAAAAAUACUUGAAACCAGAAAAAGGUACUGUAACAGCUGAGAAGAACAUUCUCAUAAUUUUUCCUCAAUUAGGAAAGCUCUGAUGUGUGAACAAACCUUGAAGAUACUUUUUUUCACUGAGAACAGACUGAAGCACAGGUUGCAUGCUUGUAAAUGAUCUCUUCUGAGCUGUAAGCAAGCAACAGUUAAAAGCCAUCAUCUUAAAAAGAUUUUUAUUGUUGCCAUUACAUUGGUAAUAAUGUCCAUAAAGCACCAACAAACUUCAGCAACCAUGAACUGAAUAUACUGGAAGUGGUGUGCUUGCAGAAGAGGCAACGUUUAGCGCUCCUCCAGAGGAAAUAAGACAGUGAUUGGAGCAUAGCUCAACAGCAAUACAGUGGAUUUAUAACACUCUGCGCCAGCAGUAAACAGUUUAAGACUUCUAUGCUGAUCUGCAUAUUCUCCCAGAUGGAACAUAAACUAGGAAAUGCAAAGCAGACAUUUAAAGUUUUCAUUCGUCCUCAAGAGUCAUCUGUUGAAAAACUAUCUUUUUAACAUCCAUUCGAAUUAAAUAGAUGAAAAAGGGACCUUGGAUUAACUCUCAACACAUUUCCCUGCCUCUUUUUGCUCUGGGUGUCAUCAGAGAGAAUUAUCUAGCUGCCUCAUCAUCUGAAACUCCUGAUAGAAAAGCCACUUUGGAACGAAAGGUAACUGCAUCUCUGUCCUAUAAAGACCAAGACAGUAGCAGGCCUGUCCCCAUCUACUGGGCUGCAGGGAAAUCAAAUGAAGAUCAAGCAUGGCCCUCAAUAACUCACCCAUGCCUGAAAUGAGAAGAGGAGAGUGUUGCCUCAAUACAUCACUCUUGUCAACAGUUCUUAGAAAGAGAGUAAAGAAGAAGAACUGAUGAAGAAGUAUGUGGAAACAGGAGCAUGUAUGUACAUGUGACAUUUAUGUUAACAUCUCUUUUGCUUUUCUACUGUUUCAUACUCAUGUUUACCAUGAGCCAAACAAUCUUGCUGACAUGAGUUAGGACUUAUCUGGAAUCAUGUCUUAUUUUGUAGUUACUAAUGUGCCUAACAUUUACAAAAUAGGUUUAGACUGGAAACAAGUGCAAUUAUCACUUCACUUUGGUAAAAAUCUUUCACAACUUACAUUCAUAUACAAGUGAAAAACACUGGCUCACUAAUGUACCUAUUCCAUAAAGUGCUGGCUGCAGUUUCUUCCCAUAACUCAUCAGCUCUCUGUCCCGGUGGAGGACAUUUCUACAAAACCUGUCAUAGCCAAGGUCGUGUCACUGCAAAUUUUAAAAAAUGUAUUGUAUUGAAAAUAAACGUAUUUUGUCAUCAU